AUGACGGGGACACAAUGCUGUGGUCAUUUACGCUUAACACGUCACAAGCUGACGUCACGAGAUGCCAAUGCAGUUUGUCGGCAACUUAUCGCCUGCAAUAGUGAUCUUCUAAGCCGAAUUUGGGAUGUGCAUGAACUCUCACCAAGUCAUCGCCAAUCAGUUGCCGUUAAGAUGCUAUUGGAGCGAUUCGAGGUCACAUAUGAAUCUGGUUACGAUGCGGUGACUCCGACGCGUCCCUUCAAGUGGAAAUUAGUGGGCGAUACACACUACGGACCACUGUGUGGAAUUGAAUUUUUGGUGGCAUUCAAAAAGGGCAACUUUUGUGAACUUUGCGGAUGUGCCGUUCAGUCCGUGGAAGGACAUUUCUCAUGUGAAAGUCAUAUCAUGCAGUUUUUGGUAUGUGAGACUAUCACUUUUCCAACGGAAAUGUUCCGUAUAUCACAAUAUGCACCGGAAUCUCGUAGAACAACCGUGUUAGGUCUGACUGCUAGCCCUAAGUUUCGUUUUGGUGGAGGACUGCACAAGAGAGUGAACGUGGACUGGUUUCCCUCUUCUAUGCAGCAUGAUAAAGUUGAGAGUAUGAUGUCAUUUCCAAGCCUGAUGCCUGAGCUUUCACCUCUUGGACUGGAGUGCCAGUGUUUAUUCUGUCCA